AAGGGGUCGUUGGAGAUAAAAAAAAUGCGAUGAAUGAGGCUCAAAUCGUAGAGGACCAUGCUCGCUCGGUGGAGACGCUUUCAGAUGAGGAUGAAUCACGGUUUGUGAUCAAGAGUCGACGUCUGACAGGGGAUCAAGAGCAAGUGAUUCAACCUGGUCAAGUGAAACAGGUGGUUGAUGCUUUCGAGGAAGGGCUAGUGAUCAAAGAAAAAACGGAGAGCUUGGAGGCUAUGGCCGAAGAGAAGGUCCUUAAGCUCAAUGAGUAUGGUACUAAUCUGGAGGGCGGAAAUCGGAAGAGGCUGCUACAGGAGCUGGAUGGGGUGUCUGCGGAUAGUCCCACUCCUAAGAGGCAGUUUGUGGAGGACCAGGUUGAAUCUGUGAAUGCUGAUUUGGUGGAGGAAGCCAGCCAUGAGUGGCCCCAAGCAGAUAAAUGAGGCUUCUGGCCUGGAAUGUGAGAGGAAUUGGACCAUCCCUCACAUUCCAAUCAGCUUUGAGUUUAGUUCGUUCUAAUAAGCCGGAUCUUGUAUUCUUUUCGGAAACAAGAUCGUCCAGACGCGUAGUUUCCCGUCGGUUGAGGGGAUUAGGUUUCGAGUCGUCUCAAUGUUUUUUUGUUGAUGCUUGUAAUGGUUCUGGUGGUCUUGUUGUGGCCUGGUCCCCCGAAGUCGAUGCUUUGGUGUUUUAUCAUUCGAAUUUUUGUAUUGGUUUACGUAUUAAUGAAGUUGAUUUUUCGUA